CUAUGGUAUUUUUUUGUGUGUGCCAAGCAAGCUUGGAAAAUUGAAGGGUUGCGGCCAAAAAUGCGCUCGCGCUCCCGUGCGGCGCUCCGCCGCCGCUCGCUCGCCUUGGGCCGCCGAUCUUCCUCUGCCGCCACCCGCCAGCCAUCCCGCCCCGCAGUUCUGCCCACCGCUCCAGCUCCAGCCCCAUCCUCCGGCGGCAUCGCCGCUGCAGCCACCCCCGUCCUCACAAUCGCCUCAACAUCUGGUUUGGAAGCUGGGGAGGGGAACUACCAUAGUUUCCCCCUCACGGUAAGCCCUACAAAGGGGGAUUUUUGCUUGCAGGAGCAGAUCAAGGAUGCUUUGCCCCAUGUUUUUCAUUCCCGCAGAGACAAAGUUCCGUCAGAUUUGGAUCUGCAGAAGCACGCCGCAACUGCUAAUGGCACGUCUCUGCUUGCUGCGUCAGCUUCAGCGCCAAAAUCAACAAGGAAGUUUUAUUCAGAGACAUCUUCAAUCGGAGAUCCUGUAGAUCUAUUGGCACCGGCCCGAAUCCCGGUCUUAGAGAAGAGGAAAUGGGCAGUGGGCAGCUCGCCGGUUUUUCCGCCUGACUGCAAUGAAGUUGAUUUCAAUUUCAAUGCGAGCAAUGCUACUUCACAUCAGCUGGCUGUGGACGGCGGACAUGACUUGAGAAGUUAUGGCCGACUUCAUUUCGGUCAGCACAAGGCUGACGCCCCGGUACUGGAAGAAGGUGGAUGGAGUGUGGUGAGGCCUAAAUUCUGGUGGCGCAAGACUGUUGAAAAUCUUAAGAGAUCUCCGACUCAGCAGCAACAUGACACGAAAGGUACCAGCACCUUCAAGACAAAGCUUCAGGGUAAAUGCUACAACUGCCUCUCGCCAGAUCACUUCGCUUUUCGUUGCUCGGCGCUUACUCGUUGCUGGCAGUGCCUACAUUUUGGCCAUAGGGCUAGGGCAUGCCCAGGGAUUUACUACAGAAGCAGGCACAAUUCAACUCCUCCCCAACCUGAACCAGUGCAGCAUUCAAUGCAGUACACCAGCAAUGUCAACUCCAGGCACCAACAACACCAGCGACAGCUCAACUCUCUUCUUAAGGAACAGAAACAGGCCCCUGAACCUGUGCUCAACUUUUCUCCAGUUCAACACAACAAAUCCUACCUCCGUGCAGCUCAGGAGGGCCAGAACAUGGAGGCUCGCUACCCAGGUGACCCAAGGGCAAGACCGUCGCGCGCCUUCUGUGCAGUUUCGGCGACUGGCUCAAUCCGUCGUCGCAGGGAUGAUCUCAUCAGCAAGGCGGUGGUGUGCUCAUUCGAUGGAAAUAGCCAUGAGGUUGACACCAUUGUGGCAGGAGACAUGUUGAGAGAGAAGUUCAAUCUCUGCCAUGGUCAGUAUCAACUUGUCAAACAUUUCCCAGAACAGUUUUUUAUUAUCUUUCCUGAUGCAAGAACCAAGCAAUGGGCUAUUGAUAGAAGAUCAGUUUCUUAUCGUGGGCGUGAGUUUCAUUUCGGUGACUGGUCAGAAGAGAGCUAUGCUAGAAAGACCAGCUGGGAGUUUAGAGUUAAGGUCCGGGUGGAAGGGAUUCCUGUUCACUGCUGGGGUGAGGAGGUGGCAUCAAGGGCCUUAGGCAGGAGCUGCACUAUUCAUUAUGUUCAGGAGCGCUCUAGGCGUAGAGAGCGUACCCGUUCUUUUGACCUUUGGGCAUGGUGCUCUGACCCCUGUGAAAUCCCUAAGGAGGUGUGGCUAACGGUGUCUGAACCCGACCCUGAAUUACCACCUAUAAGUACCCCUCUGCCUCUUGUGGGUGCUCACCAUGCUGAACCGACAGAUCUGAAAAAAGGCCAUGUGUACACGCUUCGCAACCAUAUUGAAGUGGUUGAGGAUCUCUGCUUCAUUCAUGGGAGGAACACUAGGGGUGGGCCUAUGAAUCGGAAGCCUCGCAGAGAGUUCGUGUGGAGCUAUGGUGUUUCUGACUCUGCUGGUGAAAAGCGGGAGCGUUCAGAGGAGUUCAGAGGCAGGGAGACCAUGCGUCGGGACUGGGACCAUGAUGAUGAUGAAGAUUUUCACCAGCAUAGGCAUCAGGGCACUCGUCGGCAGCGUAGCCUCUCUGGGUGGGCGCGUUCCUCGCGAUGCCGUGGUGGUGUGGAGGACUGCUACAGCUCGAGUGGAAGAUACAGGCCAUCCACUCCUUUCCGGCGUAGGGGGAUGGGGAUGGGGCAGCCAGGGCGCUGGACUCCCAAGAUAAAGAACAAAAAGGUCUCUUUUGCAGAUCCUGUCAUCACUGCUAUCUGGCCUACAGAUGUUUCUAAAGGGCACAUCUCUGCUGAAAAUUCCAUUUCACUGGGAGGUAUGGAUCUUGGCACUCAAGCUAUGGAGGAAUACCAAUGUUCUGCACAUCCCAAGAUUGAAGGCCUUUUCUCAAGACCUCUCAACAAGGAUCAGAUGGAGGUAAUUAUGGAGCUGGCAAAUCAAGGGAAGGGGAAGAAAGGGAGCAAGCUCAGGGGCUGCAAAGUGGCGCCACUUAAGGCUCCCAUAAUCAAGGCUGCUUCGGGAAUAUGAGAUGCUCAUCGUGUUGGAGUUAUCAGUGGUUUCCAGUUUUUAUAUUAUGUGUCUGAAGUUGUUCCUACCUUCCUCUUGUCUAGGGGUAGAGCAUGGUGUGUUGCAGCCUCUUUUGCCAGACUUUUGGCUGCUGCUUGAUAUUUGGUGGUCCUGUUGGUGGUUUUCGAACCAUUCGAUCUCGACCCCCACUCAUCUGUAUCGUACUAUUUUAUGGCUGGAACUAAUUUGUGUGUUGUGGGUCAUGUGUUUCUGUUCUUCAAUAUUGGUGGUGAUCAUGGCUGCUAGUCGGCAUCAGAUGUUAAUUAUGUUAUCGCCUUUAUGUGGCAAUGUCUGUUCAAGUGGAGAAAUGGUUACUAUCCAAUGAAUACAAAUUGCUGUAUUUUUUCUUGGAAUGUGAGAGGUCUGAAUGAUCCCGCUAAGCGAGAAAGUGUGAGGCAAACAAUUCUUUCUACGCACGCAACUUUAGUUUGUCUUCAAGAGACAAAAAUUAUGAACUGGACUAACGAUUUAUUAAAGGACACUGUGGGUUACAAGCUUGCAAAGCAGACUGCGCACUUGCCCUCUAUUGGAGCAUCGGGUGGAAUUCUUAUUGCUUGUGAUGAGGACUUUUUUGAUAUUACUCCAGUUACUUACGCUUCAACCUACUCAUUAUCAGUUCGAGUGAGCUCUAGAUUGGAGGAUGUGGUUUGGGACCUCACGGCUGUUUAUGGCCCCCAGUAGGAGAACGAAAAAAUGUGUUUUCUAUCUGAGUUGUGUUCCAUCUCUAACUUGAUGAAACCUGAAUGGUUGAUUUUAGGAGACUUCAACAUGAUAAGGAGAGUGAGGGAAAAAAAUAAGGGAGCAAUCAACAAAAGAGUAAUGAGGAAGUUCAACCAAACUAUUGACGCUCUACAGCUCCUAGAACUGGACCUUAUCGGUAAAAAGUUCACUUGGUCAAAUGAACAGGAUGAUCCUACGAUGUCUAGGAUUGAUAGAUUGAUGGCAACUACUGAGUGGCAUGGGCUCUAUCCAGCGGCUAAUUUGCAGGCAUUGUGUUCCAUGACUUCGGACCACUCUCCGUUAUUAAUGCAGGGCCACUCUCCUUGUAAUUUCUAUAAGGGGUUCCGUUUUGAAUCCUACUGGGUACACAUUGACGGGUUCAAAGAUGUAGUCCAACAAGCUUGGACGACCACAGUUAACUCCUCUGAUGCCAUUCUUCGGUUACAUGUUAAAAUGGUCCGCACGGCCAAAGCUCUUAAAGCUUGGAGACGACGCACGGUCGGUAACAUCAAAGUGCAAUUGGCUAUCAUUAAGAUUGUCCUUACCAUGCUGGAAAAGGCACAGGAAAAUAGAACACUUUCUAGUGAGGAACUUGACUUCAGGAGAAGGCUAAAAAUCAAAAUUCUUGGCCUUGCAGGCAUCCAAUUAUCUAUUGCUAGACAACAUUCCAGACAGACCUGGGUGCGGUUGGGUGAUGCGAACACAAAUUUUUUUCAUUUGAUGGCCAAUCACAGAAAAAGAAAAAACUUUAUCAGAUCCUUGAAUUGUGGAGACUGCCUGUUAACUAGUCAGGAAGAUAAGCUACGAGAGGCUCAUAGACAUUUCCUAGAGAUCCUUGGCACUAGAGGCGGGAGGACUAGUGUUGUUCGUUGGGAAAAUCUAGGCUACUCGCCUUUUGAGUUAUCCGAGUUGGACACCAUGAUCAAUGAUGAUGAGAUUAGGAAUGCGGUUAUGGGCAUGCAUUCAGAGAAAGCGCCUGGACCUGAUGGUUUUAUAGGGCUUUUCUACAAGGAAUGUUUUGAGGUGAUUAGAGAAGACCUUUCCAAAGCGAUCAAUGAUUUUUAUCAUCAUAAAUGCAAAAGUUUGCAUUUGGUCAAUGAGGCAAACAUUGUUCUUCUACCAAAAAGGGAGAACCCUGACAGGAUAGAUCUAUUUAGACCAAUCAGCCUUAUCAAUAGUUGCAUGAAGAUUAUAACCAAAAUAAUGGCAACAAGGCUGGCGCCGCGUAUGAAUGAAAUUGUCUCCACUACCCAAAAUGCCUUCAUUCAAAAGCGAUCAAUUCAUGAUAACUUCCUCUACGUCCAGAAAGUGAUUAAAAAACUUCACAAGAGCAAACAAGCAGCCCUAUUUGUCAAGCUAGACAUAUCAAAGGCUUUUGACUCUCUUAAUUGGGCAUAUCUUCUAGACGUCUUAAAAGCCCUAGGCUUCACCCAAAAAUGGAGAGAUUGGAUUGCUACCAUCCUUGGAUCAUCUUCAUCCAAAAUCAUCAUUAAUGGUCAGCAAACCAAAGAAAUCAAGCACAUGAGAGGGGUGCGUCAGGGUGACCCACUAUCGCCUUUUCUCUUCAUCCUCGCAAUGGAUCCCCUACAACGAAUGAUUGAAAGGGCAGCUCAUGAGGGGCUACUGGGCCAGGUAUUACCCAAUGGGGCAAAGUUUCGUUGUUCUCUUUAUGCAGACGAUGCGGGGGUGUUUGUUAGAGCAGACAAACUAGAUCUCAAAGUUCUAAAAAGAAUUCUAGAAGCUUUCGAAUGGUGUUCAGGUCUGAAGAUCAAUUUUGAGAAAACAGAGAUUUUCCCAAUACGUUACCCUGAAUCUUUAUGGUCAAAUUUAAUGGAAGUUUUUCCAGGCAAGUACUCUAACUUCCCUGGCAAGUAUCUCGGGCUACCGCUUCACUUCAGGAAUAUUAAAAGAAUAGAGUUUCAACCUCUAAUUGAGAAAAUAAAUAAAAGGCUUGCUGGGUGGAAAGGUAGGCUUCUUUCAAAGGCAGGAAGGGAAACCUUGGUUAAAUCUGUGUUGACAGCGCAACCGAUUUAUCUUCUAACUGUUUUCCCAGCUCAGAAAUGGUUACUUAAAAGGAUUGACAAGAUAAGAAGGAACUUCCUUUUGGAAAGGAGAAAAUUUGGAUUCAUGUAGUGGGGGUCAUUGCCUGAUAAAUUGGGCUACAACUUGUUUGCCAAAGAAUAAGGGAGGUCUUGGCAUACUCGAUCUAGAGCGCUUUGCAAGAGCGUUAAGGCUUAGAUGGCUAUGGCUACGAUGGACGAAUAGAGACAAAGCAUGGAUUGGGUUGCAAUUACCUUGUGAUAAAGCAGAUGUCGAUCUAUUUAAUGCAUCUACGAUUGUAACAAUUGGUGAUGGCAAAAUGGCUGAUUUCUGGAGAUCAAGCUGGAUUCAGGGUCAGGCCCCAAAGAACAUUGCGCCAACCUUAUUCAUGAAAGCAAAGAGGAAAAAUAUCUCAGUGUGCCAAGCCCUUACAAACAAUCGCUGGAUGCACUUUUGUUCUCCUUACACACAUGAGGAUGAGAUAAAAGAAUUCAUUUCCCUCUGGCAAGGUAUCAACAGCACUCAUGAACUCAAUGAUCUCGACGAUACUAUUUUAUGGAGGUGGACGACGGAUGGGAGUUAUAGUUCAAGUAGUGCAUACAAAAUUCAGUUCGCAACGAAUUUUUGUAAAAUCAAAAUUUCUCCUAUCUGGAAAGCGAGAAUUGAGCCAAAAUGUCGUUUUUUUCGCGUGGACCAUGUUGCAUAACAGAAUUCUGACUGCGGACAACCUACAAAAGCGGGGAUGGCCUUGCAAUCCAAUUUGUUGUCUUUGCAACUUAUCACAAGAAAGUAUGUCUCAUUUAGGCAAAGACUGUCCGUUUUCUGUAGAGGUUUGGAACAUGAUCCUAUCUUGGGCCAAUCUGUCAUUUCUAAGUGGCGUUUCUAACCUCGGCUCGUUGUAUGAUUGGUGGAAGAGAUUAAGGAACCGUUGCUGCAAGGAGUCAAAGAAGAUUUUCGAUGGACUCAUCAUCUCUUUUUGGUGGAAUAUAUGGUUGGAAAGAAAUAACAGAAUCUUUCAGAGACUUCAACGAUCUGCUAUCCAGGUUACGCAAUUGGUGAAAGAUCAAAUUGGAAGUUGCAGUGUAUGUUAGAUUGAGUUAGUGUAUGUUUUUUCUUCUUUUCGUUUUUUUCUUUUGCUCCGUCUUCUGAAGUCUGUUAUCUAUUUCUCUUCUAAUAUAUUGAAGAGGCAAGUCUUUUGCCGCUUCCUUUCAAAAAAAAGAUAUCUAAUUAUGAAUUAUAACAUUCUGUACUAGUAAGUUGGAUACACCCCACUACUUUCUCAACCUUGUCGUUCAUCCUGUCAUCUUACGGAAUCAUCUGAUAGUGGCCUUGACGCCUUCAAUAAGUAUUCAGUGAUAGUGAUAUAGCUGCUAGUCGAUACUCUAUGCCAUAAAAUCUUAGAAAAAUGACAUAAAUAUUCUUACACGACUUCACUGUCUCAGUUUUUUCUUUGUUUUUUUGCCCUAUAUAGUCGUGUAGAUGAGUGUGCACAACUUGCUCUUGAUCUUUCAGACUCCCACAGAUUUCACAGGACUUAACUUUUGAAUUAAUUUCACAAAACGACAACUAUGUGCACAUAAGUAUCAAGGAACUACAAUUUCAUGUAUCAUUUUUAGAAACUUGAACUAACUGAGGCAUAUGUUUCAAGCAACUCUAACAUUUUGCAUGUGGAGACCUAUAUUAGACACACAAGUUAUGCGUGAAACCUAUGUCAACUUGGGUGUGAAUGCCAUGUGGACCAAUGUCAAAUGUUGUAGGAUUGUGAAAUUGAUGGCGCAAGAAGCUGUAGUUCUCUGAAGUAAUCCUAGAAGUUGUUGCUUUGUAGUUAGCAACAAAUGUGAAAGGGCCUCCAGGCUCCAGAUGAGUUGGUUGGUUAGAUGGUCUGAGUAGCACUCCUUAAGUUCUGGGUUCGACUUAGGUGGAAACGAAUUUCAGGUUCUCGUGUCCCAUGCCAAAGCACAGGUCUAAGGCCCGACCUUAAUCGUGGUGAAAACGGUCGGAAACAACCGGUACACACAAACCAUUUCCAUUAUCGUAUUUUCUCUCGGAAACGAAAUCGAAAACGAUAACUUCGAAAACAGAAAAUACAUCGGUGAUUCAGAAACUACGGAAACGAAAUUUCGGUACGGAAAACACACCAGUUACGAUCAGAAUAUAUAGUACACUAGUAAAAAUCGUAACAUGUAAAAAUUCACACAAGCCAUACAUCCACAUAAUUAUUAGUAAUAUAUAAAUAUUCACAAAAUCAUUAAGAUUAAAGCAUAUCUCACAAAAAAUUAAAGCAAUAUCUCAUAAAUACAAGUGACAAGCAUUGUACACACAUACAUAUAGUUAGGAAGUCAACAUAUUUGGUAUCAUCCUGGAGGCCCUCGCGUAAAUUAUGAAUAUAUGUAUCAAGAGCAAUAAUUGAAAAUAAACUAUAAAUAAGACCCAUAAAAGUUUUAAAAAACUCUACUAUAUACCAUUAGAUAGAUCUUGAUUUUAGGAAAAUAAUAAAAUUAGUUCCAUAUUUUUCUAAGUUAAUACGAAUUUAUUACGAAUUUACAAAGAUUAGUGCAAUUUUAUUUUUUUCUAAAAAAUAAUCGAAUUUGUUACUGACGGUAAAAUAUCGAAUAAAUACGGCAAUUUUGAAAAACGAUCGAAAGAGACCUAAACCGUUUCAGAACGUUUCUAUCGAUUUCGUUUCCAUAUUUUCGGCAAUAAUUUUUGUUUCCGUUUAGCCCCGAAUUUCGGCAAAAUUUCGAAAAUGAUUCCCGGUAACCGAAAAUUAAUGUUUUCGUUUUCACCCCUAGUCGUCUCACACAGGCUACAGGGCCGCUGUGUAUGAGUGAGACAUGGGUUGUGGGUUUUUUCGACCUGCGUGAGAAGGUCUUUUUAAUAUAAUGUCGUGGGGACGGUCUUACCAUAUAGGUGUGUUUUUUUAAGUUAGAAGCAAAUAGUUAUGUUUUAUGAUACUAAUUACCUUUUUUGUCUCCAACAUCUAUACUCUAAACUACAUCACUUGUGUGCAAUAGAAUCUUUUACUUUAGUGUACUGGCAGGCCAGCUUCAUAGUCCUUUGCAAUUUUGCAUCUUGCAUGUCGUUUACUCGUUUAACAUUCGUGACUGUUGGGCAUGUUUGUUUCAGUGGAUCUUUGUUAGGCUAAGUAAUCUAGCUUUUAAAUUGUAGGAGAGCAUAUGAAUUUCUAUGCUCUCCUACAAUUUCAUUGUAGAAAGCUGCUGUGUAUUUUCGAACUUGGAGAGGCCAUCUUCAGAAUCUACUUGGAUAUGCUUUGUCUGUAUAUUGUGUUUAUAAGAUGCUCAAGUCCUUGCAGAGCGCAGUCUUUAAGAAGUCAGGUUCUGUUGAUCCUGUAACAAUAACGAUAACGAUUUUCUUGAGACAUUUUGACAUUGGCAUUGAUGUUGCGCUGUUAUCUCAGUUCUUCUUCGCUAGUUCUAGAGUUGGGAGUCGGUCUACAACCAAUGUUGUCCUUGUCCUAUCAGAGAUCAUGGCCAGGUACUUCAUAUCUUCCAUUCUCCUCAUAAGAAAAAGCCUGGCAAAUGAAUAUAGGUAUUCCGUAAGACCAUAACUGAACAUGUUUCAUUAGUUUAACUUGAUUUUCUCUCUGUAUUUACUCUAAUGAUCCUGUUGUUAUGGUCGCUACAUCGACGAGGGAUUCGAGAGGGAUAUCGAUGUGCAGGAACGUCGACCGGGGGCCUCUGCCCACGACCGAGCAAGAGGAAAGUUUCUCCCUUCUAAUUUUUGACUCAUUUAUUUCUCAUCUAUUAAUUACAUAAAUAGGCCAGCUGGCCGUCCAUGUCUAGCUAGAGAUCCUUAUCUCCUUAAAACUCUUCUAAAAACUGUCAACAAACUACUAACUGAUAACCUUCCUAGAUAAUAUCAACUAAUCUUUUAGAUAAUCUGAACUAAUCUUCUAAUUUUAUCUCUAACUAUCAUUAUAUAAUCCCUCUUGUAGUGUCCAUGGCUGGAGCUAUAGCGCAGCCCUUCCGGUGAUCAUUACUGCGGUGUUUUGGGUGGUGAUAUCCAAUUUGACUUCUACCACCGCUGGUUUGAUGCUAUAUUUUUGGCUAGUGCAUUCCUGUCAUUGGUUCUGAUAUCUGCCCAAUACACCACCAGGCAGACAGACAAGCGUCCGAUUGAUUGAUGCAUCUUGCACACAUUUGUGCAUGUUGUCUUUUAACCACUAUUCAUCCAAGGUUGACCCAUUUUUUGCACCACAGAUUCCAAGGGCACUGUUUGUUCAUACACUUGCAUACACAUGCAGUUAUACAUAACCUAACAUGUCAGUUAACUUGAUCAAAAGUCUUUAUUUUGUACAUAGUUUUGUGCCCGUGCGUUGCCACGAAAGUAAAAAAAACUGUAUAAAACAAAGAUACGGAACGACAAACAUCACAUAAUUUUUUUUCAACAAUCAAUCUCUUCUCUAUCUAUAUUUGUACUAAUAUUUUGAAUUAUAGAUGAGUAAAAUGAGAUUAACCCUGGACAGCAACUGUAUCAGUUAGAGCAUCUCUAAAAGACUCUUUAUAUCCUUCAUAAUAUAUAUAAAUAGAGAUUUACCGUUGGAGAUUAAAAAUAUAUAGAAAGUGGUUUUAAUGUAAACGACUCUCCAAAUAAUAAUUUAGAGAGUGAAAUUUAGAAAGGCUCGUGGACAUGCUCUUACAGGCUCAUUUGUUCCACUAUUACUGUAACUUUUAUAUUUUUAGUAUCUGUAUUAGUAACCUAUUAAUUCCUCAUUAUUUUCUAUGUUAAGUUAGAGGAUCAUUCGUGUUUUUCACCUUCGGAUUAGCGUAUGGACGUGUGUUUGUAUAUAUCCGUGUCUAUGUGUUUCAGUUGAUUUUCCUAAGGAUGAAAAGGCUAAAAAAGUUGAGAUAGUGAGCAUAUUUGAAGAUGAGUUUUGAAGUGAGCAUAAGACUGUCUCCAGCAACGUCCUAUAUAUCCAUCCUCUAUAUCGGUUCUUUACAGUCUCCUCUAGAAGAUUUCAUCCUCUAUAUCUCCUUCCUCUCCAACAACGUCCUCUAAAUCACGUCCCCUAUACUCAAAUACCUAUAUUAGAGACAUUUUUAUUUUUAUUUUUUAUACAUAUGUAUUUGUCAUACUCUCAAAUGUAUUGUAUAUAUUUUAGUUUUGCUAAACUGGUUAUUUAAAGUAUUUAAAUGAAUA